AUGGCUCCUGUGCUUUCAUUCAUUGUUGGCUCGCUGCUGGCUGUGAGGGCCUUCGCCGAGCCAUUCGAGAAGCUGUUCGAUGUUCCUGAGGGAUGGAAGCUUCAAGGCCCGGCAUCGAAUGCGCACAUGCUCAAACUGCAGAUCGCGCUCCAGCAAGGCGAUACUGCGGGCUUUGAGCAGACCGUCAUAGAUAUCUCCACUCCCUCUAACCCAAAGUACGGACAGCACUUUGAGUCCCAUGAGGAAAUGAAGCGUAUGCUUAUACCCAGCAAGGAGACCGUUUCUUCUGUCUCCUCAUGGCUCAAGUCUGCAGGUAUUGAGGAAUUCGAGAUAGAUGCGGACUGGGUGACCUUCAAGACCACUGUUGGUGUUGCCAACGAGCUGCUCGAAACUAAGUUCUCCUGGUUCGUCAGCGAGGAAGGCACACCUCGUAAAGUCCUCCGCACACUCGAGUACUCGGUUCCUGACGAGAUUGCCGACCACAUCAAUCUCGUUCAACCGACCACUCGGUUUGCUGCUGUCCGUACGAACCACGAGACAGAGCAUGAGAUCUAUGGAAUCGCGCUCGCCUCUUCUCCCAAUGUCACUGUCAACUGUGAUACGUCCAUCACUCCCCAGUGCCUGAAGCAGCUCUACAAGAUUGACUACACUCCCGAUCCCAAGAGUGGUAGCAAGGCCGCUUUCGCUUCCUACCUCGAGCAGUACGCUCGUUACAGUGACCUCACCCUGUUCGAGAAGAAUAUUCUUCCCGAUGCCGUGGGCCAGAACUUCUCCGUUAUUCAAUUUAACGGUGGGUUGAACGACCAGGACUCCAGCGACGAUAGUGGCGAAGCCAACUUGGAUUUGCAGUACAUGCUUGGUCUUGCUCAGCCCCUGCCUGUUACUGAGUACAGCACGGGUGGACGUGGCCCGUGGGUUGCUGAUCUCGAUCAGCCUGAUGAGGCUGAUAGCGCCAACGAGCCUUACCUCGAGUUUCUCCAAUCGGUGCUCAAGCUCCCACAGAAAGACCUUCCCCAGGUCAUCUCAACCUCAUACGGUGAGAACGAGCAAAGUGUGCCUAAGUCUUACGCCCUCAGCGUCUGCAACCUCUUUGCUCAGCUUGGUAGCCGUGGCGUCUCCGUCAUCUUCUCAUCUGGUGACUCAGGUACUGGCUCCGCCUGUCUCUCCAACGACGGCAAAAACACUACCAAGUUUCAGCCUCAGUACCCUGCUGCCUGCCCAUUCGUCACUUCUGUGGGCUCAACUCGUUACCUUAACGAGACUGCUACUUUCUUCUCUUCCGGUGGCUUCUCUGAUUACUGGAAGCGGCCCAGCUACCAGGAUGAUGCUGUGAAGGCGUACUUCCACCAACUCGGCCAGAAGAACAAGCCCUACUUUAACCGCCACGGUCGCGGAUUCCCUGAUGUCUCUGCCCAAGGUGUCGGAUACAGGGUUUACGACAAAGGUUCUCUUAAGGGAUACCAGGGUACUUCAUGCUCCGCCCCUGCAUUUGGCGGUAUCGUUGCUCUUCUCAAUGAUGCGCGCCUGAGGGCCAAGAAGCCUGCCCUUGGUUUCUUGAACCCCCUGCUGUAUUCCAACCCUGAUGCGCUCAACGACAUCACUCUGGGUGGUAGCACUGGAUGCGACGGGCAGGCGCGCUUUCACGGUAAGCCUAACGGUAGCCCUGUCAUUCCGUACGCGAGCUGGAACGCUACUACGGGAUGGGACCCAGUUUCUGGGUUGGGUACCCCAAACUUCCCUAAGUUGCUCAAGGCUGCUAUGCCUGCUAGAUAUAGGGCUUAG